AUGGCCGAGGAGCGGGCGAAGAAUGCGGCUUCGGUGGAUAGCAUGGAGAACUCGGUGAAGUCACGCCAGAAAGAGAUACUAGCGAUGAAGAUUUUCCAGUCUGACAUGGACGACGCGGUCGCCGACAACAUGGCGCCCUCGGGCGACGCGCUCAUCCAUAAGCUCGGCACGCCCAGGGAUGACGCCAGCAUGCAUGCGAGGCAGAUUCCGGCUGCUCUCUCGCACGCCCUCGCCAAGUGGAGAGGGGCCGUCGACGGAUCAAGAUUGCACCCCGCAGCGAAGCGGAUCGGUGACACUGGGAGGCUGCAGGCAGGCAACUACAAGGAAACGAAGGCAAGGGCCCCCAGCGGGAGCAGACCCCCGUCGCGCGCGCGGGGCCCGAGCACCCCAGGUUCAGCCAGCGGGCCCGCGAUGAGCCCAGGGUCUAUCUACAAGGCGCACAACGCGAAGGCCCCGACUGGCACCCCGCUGAACACGAAGAUCUCGAGGCCACAUCUGAGCGACCCCAUCAGCAUCACGCCCUCGCCAGGCGGCGCCGCCGCCCCCGAAGAGAACCCCCCCGCCGAGACGGGCGACAAUAAGAAGAAGAACAAGAAGCUCGAGAUCUUCACUGUCGACUACGACCGCACGCUCCUGAUCGGGCAGAGCGGCGCGACGACCGCGGAGCGCAAGUUGGCGCCGUGGCCCGACGGCACGCGCACGGCCAAUGUGCACGGCGACGACGAGGAGACGGAG